AUGAGUGAAAACGAGGAUGCACAAAUAUUAUCUUUAAAUACUCUUCUACAAAAAAUUGUAAAUGAACCAAAUUAUUCUUCAACAUUAGUAGCAUCAAACGAAUAUGAAGAUAUUUUGCGUAACCUUUCUUCCAACUCACAAAAAAUAAAACCUUUGUCGUUGUUAAUUUUAACGAAAUUAUUUGAAAAUGCACAAAAAAAUAAAAAUUCUAUGGAAUUAUUUAAACAAAAUAGUUCAAAAUUUAUUAUUAAAUGGCUAAAUUCAACUAAAAAACAAGAAAAAUUAUACGGAUAUGGUGCACUCGAAUCAAUUUUUCAAAUAUCUUGCGAUAUUGGUUCUUUCAUUUUGUUAAAGGAUGGUAUUUUAGAAGAUAUAAUGGAUUGUAUCGAAUAUGAACAUGAAGAUGUUCAAAGAGCUAUUACUGAAAUAAUAUCUGUGGCUUGCUCACAAAAGGAUUGUAGGGCUUUAGUAGCAAUCCAUUGUCAAAAAUAUUUAACAAGUUUAAUGACUAGCAACAAUCAAAAACUAAAAACUUUAGCGGCUGUUGCAUUAACAAAAAUUUUGUUAGAUGAAAAAGCCUCAGAACAACAACAAAAUGACAAUAAAAUUUCAGUAAUUGACGAAAAUGAGACGCUUUUGGCAGGUCUAUUUCAAAAUAUGGUUUUGGAUACUGAUUCGGAAAUCACCGCCCGUAUAAAUGCUAUUGAAGGAUUAGCUUAUUCUAGUUUAAAACCCGCAGUGAAAGAAACGAUCGCUUAUCAUCCAACAUUGUUAAAAGAAAUAUUUAAACUUGUGCAAGACUCGGAGAAGACGAAUAAUGCAUUAUUUUAUGGAGUAGCAGUUAUCUUGGCUAAUGUUACCACAUACAAGAAAAAAAUGAACGAAUCUGAAGAACAGAUUCUCAAAUUAAAGAAAAUGUCAGGAGAAAGCUUAAAGAUCGAUCAAGAUCCUAUAGAUGAUGACGAAUAUGUGAUUAAUCGGACGAAACAAGUUAUGAAAUCUGGUGUCAUUCGUCCAUUAAUUAUCAUGACAAAAAAUUCUAGUCAAGCGAUUCGACAAUUAGUGGCAAAAGUAUUUCUUAAUCUUGCAACAGAUCAAAGUAAUCGAGGUGCAAUUGUUCAGCAAGGCGGCAUAAAAGCUUUGAUCCCAUUAGCUACUAAAAAUACAAAAGAAGUUACCGAGCUUGCAAGUCACGCUUUGGCAAAAAUUGCCAUUACAAUGGAUCCAAAUUUGGCAUUUCGUGGUGAAAGAGCUUCAGAUCUUGUACGUCCUUUUCUUUCUUUAUGUCAAGGAGGAAGUGAACUUUGCCAAUUUGAAGCUUUGAUGGCUUUAACAAAUUUAGGAAGUUUAGAUAAUGAUAUUCGAAUGCGGAUACAUGACGCUAAAGGAAUCCCAAUUAUAGAAAAUUUACAAUUUUCUGAUAAUGUCAUGAUUCGUCGGGCAGCAACUGAAUGUCUAUGUAAUAUGAUGUUUUGCGAACCGGUUUAUAAUAUGUAUAGUGAUCCUCAAAUGUCAUCGAACAAAAUUAAAAUAUUAGUUGCACUUUCUGAUGUUGAAGAUUUUGAAACUCGACGAGCAGCUAGUGGUGCUUUGGCAAUUUUAACAACAAGUCCCGAUGUUUGUAAUAUGAUUGUUGAUCGACCACGUGGAAUAGAAAUAUUAAAAGACUUAAUUUCUGAAGAAUCGGUGGAAAUGCAACAUCGUAGUGUUGAAUGUUUCAAAAAUAUUUCAAAAGUUAGCAAAGAAAUGUGUCAACGAUUAGUUGAAGCUAAAGUCCACGAAAUUUUGAAAUUGUUGAUUAAAAAUUGCAAGACUGAGUCUGUUGUGGCCAUAACUAUCGAAACAUUACAAGAAAUCGCAAAGUAUGACUAUUUACCAAAGAAUGAUACCAAAUAG